AGAUAUUAGAAGCGAGAUGUGCAUCUGCAGCGCAUGUAAAUGGAUUGACAACAUCUGCUGUCCGCUCGCCAAGAAAGCGCAAUUUUUUGCAUGUUGGACAUUGAUUCAUGGCUUGGUAAUGACCACCCUCAGUCUUAUUUACCAAUUCUGGGAGGAGAAAGAAUGGAAAUAUGCAGCAUUCGCAGUCGCCAUACCUCACUUAAUUGCCGGAAUAUUAAUGGUAUAUAGCAUUUACAAGUCUUUACCAACUCUCUAUUUAGUGUCUGUGAUUGGCUCAUCGUUCGGUCCCUUUGCGCUCUUUUUAGUCGCAUAUUUGCCAAUAAUGCAAAUAUUUGAAAUAAUCGUUGCUUGUCGGUUUUAUAGUACGGUUUUGAAAUAAUUGAAAAUUGCAAAGUACGAAGUCCCACUGUCAUGUUGAAAUUAUGUUAUAAGUGUACUCCAUUAAUUCAUCGUUUGUUUUCACGCACGGCUAGCGACAUACAAAUGCCGCAGUUGCUGCGUUUUUGGUCCAAUUAAGAAAGAGGGGAAUUAAAACUAUGCAAAUUUACUUUGGCUUGUGUUUUGUAUGACUUGCCGCGCCGCACCCACAUUUUACGCACCUUUUGUGGCGCCUCCUUUUGCGCAAUUGUUGACUCUUGCAUAAAUUAUAAUUAUUAAGUGCAACAGCGGAGCUUGCAGCCACAACAAUCAGCAGCAAAAUUUCAUUUUGCUAUAUUUUGUUGGUUGUUGACAACUCAUUGUUGCUGCUGCUGCUACUGCAGCAGUUGUUGCAGCAAUUUGGUGUGCCCCAAAGGGUGUGCAACAUUUUAAUGCAGUUUGUGUUGCGCUUACGUGCGCAGCCACAGCCAAAAUAGAAACAACAAGAAAUUACUUUUGCCAACAGCAAAUCGAAAUCUGAAUACUCUAUUAAUAGCUAAGAGUCUCUUCAAAGGAAAUAAAAUAAUAAAACAAAAUUAUACAGCUCA